AUUGAUGGUCAAGACGGAGUUGAUGGUCAAGACGGAGCAGCAGGAGUGGCAGGUCAAGACGGCGUUGAUGGUCAAGACGGAGCAGCAGGAGCAGCAGGUCAAGACGGCGUUGAUGGUCAAGACGGAGCAGCAGGUCCAGCAGGUCAGGACGGUGUUGAUGGUCAAAACGGCGUAGACGGAGUUGAUGGUCAAGACGGCGUUGAUGGUCAAGACGGAGUUGAUGGUCAAGACGGAGUUGAUGGUCAAGACGGAGUUGAUGGUCAAGACGGAGUUGACGGGCAAGACGGAGCAGUAGGUCCAGAAG